UUCGGCUCACAUAGUCAGUUGGGCAUUGCCCCUAGAUAUCCUGAACAUCGGCCUUUGCAGGAUGAAGCGUGACUACGACCAUCUAUUCAAGCUGGUUCUGAUUGGGGACUCAGGCGCAGGCAAGUCUUGCCUCCUCCUGCGUUUUGCAGAUGAUGCCUUUACAGACAGCUACAUAACUACCAUCGGAGUGGAUUUCAGAUUCAAGACUAUUCCCGUAGACAAGAAGACAAUCAAGCUCCAGAUUUGGGACACAGCAGGUCAAGAAAGAUUCAGGACGAUCACCAGUGCGUACUACCGUGGUGCAGACGGAAUCAUCCUCGUGUACGACAUUUGCGAUCGGGAGUCCUUCAAGCAUGUGGACGAGUGGCUGAACGAGGUCAACCGCUAUGUCAAUGAGAAUACUUGCAAGAUUCUCAUCGGCAACAAAUGCGACAUGACUGCCGAUAGACAAGUUUCGACAGAGGAGGCCCAAAAGAAAGCAGAGGACUUGGGCAUCGCCUUCAUCGAGUGCUCUGCAAAGGACGCCACAAAUGUUGAAGCCGCUUUCCAGCUGAUGUCAACUGAGCUGAUAGCGAAAAGCGAAAAGCAAGGCAGUCGUCCACAGCGACCAGCUGGAGGCACAGGUCUCCUUCAGCCGAAGGAACGCGGAAGCAAUUGCCCCGGUGCUGGGUGCGGUCAAGGGUAGUUUUCCACCACCUGGCGCUUUCUUUGAGCAUCCAGGAUUCUGUAUACCUACGUAUACCUAUGGAAUGGAGUACCUGCUCCAACGACGACAUGGUCAACUUCACGGGGCAUAGAGCUUGGCCUGUCGCUUGCAACAGACACCAAUGCACCAACAAGAAUAAGCAGCAACAACAAUAGUAUCAAACAGCAAUAGCAACAAGAGCAACGAUUUGGCAGGAAAAAGCAGGGACUUUUGAAAGGAGUGAAUUGAAUUGACAAGUGAUUGAUGAUUGAUAAGGAGCAAUGAGCAGUUGAGCUCAUAAUGAUACAAUCCACAUACACUUUCAGCUGUGUUGCACCAACAUUGCAGCGAGGGACUGUGGACAAAAUUGUGCAGAGGCAAAGUCCGCAGUUGUCCAGAGAGUGCGUCGAGCUAGUCCGGAGAGUGUGUCCAGUGUAGGUUUCGAAUCUCAGUUGCUUUGGUCGUUUCAGAUUUGCGGACGCUCAGCCCACGAAGUGAGGUGAAAAAGGAGAAGUGUGGUUUCUUGCUACAAUUUGCACGCUUUGCAUGCUUCGCCCUUCAUGGCCAUGACGCACUUACAUACAAUUACGUAUGCCUGCCAACACGUUUUGUGGCUCAAGGAUUGGCUGGCGUGUGAUUAAUCUAAUCUC